UAAAACCUUUUAAAAGACCUCCCAUUUGCACAAUCAGGCACUUUCAAAACCCCACCCACCGCUUCAAUGCCACCCAUUACCAUAAGUACUACUAAGACCUAAGAGUUUCAUCAAUGGCUUUAGAGCAAGCACUAGCACUAUCACCAGCAACUAACCUCUUUUUUUCAAUUUCGAACCCCCCCCUCACAAACACCAAAACUCCUGCCUUGUCCCUGAACCCUCUCACCUCCUCCUCGAAGAGGUCCCAUUUCCAACGCAGCUUGAAAUGCUCCGCUGAUUAUAGAGAUAACCAGUACAGUCAAGCGGUUACGCAUGCUAAACCGGCUGAGAUUCAAUGGAACAAGGAGCUCUGUAACUCGGUGCACCUCAUCGGGAUCGUUGGGACCCCUGUAGAAAUCAAGCACCUCCCCUCCGGCAAGGUAGUCGCCUGGACACGACUUGCUGUCAAGAAAUCUGCAAAUGACACCUCCUGGAUCAAUUUGACAUUCUGGGAUGAUUUGGCGCAAGUUUCUUCUCAGCAUGUAGAGAAAGGCCACCAAAUAUACGUGUCUGGUCGAUUGAUCACAGAUUCAGUUGAAAAUGAUGAAGGGAAGCUGCAGACCUACUACAAGGUAGUUGUCCAGCAGCUGAAUUUUAUUGAAAGAAGCUCUUCAAGAGGAUUAUAUGACUCCGACUUUAAUAACACGGCAGCUGGUAGUAAGUUUGGUAACAACACUGCAAAUGACAUGGGUUCCAUGGAAGAACGGUGGCAAGCUUUUUUUGCUAAUCCUUUGGAGUGGUGGGAUAACAGGAAAGAUAAGAGGAACCCAAAGUAUCCUGAUUUCAAGCACAAAGACACUGGAGAAGCUUUGUGGGUUGAAGGCAGGUACAAUCCUCCUUGGGUGAAGUCCCAAUUAGCUAUAUUGGACGGACAAAUGGGAUCUCUUCAAGAUCAGGACUCUAGGUUGCAUGAAAGUUCAAUGUCUGGUGAAGUAUGAUAGAGGUAGCAAGUCUUUAAUAAUACAGAAAUACUGGAGCUGGCAGCAGCUCUGUUGUGUCUUCCUAAGCCAUCAUUUAGAAUGGGAGUGCAUCAGAGAAUUUUAUACUCCUAUCAACAAUCUCUCUAGUCAUGGUUGAUGACGAGUUAGAAAUACUGAAAUGUGUUUCUCACAUCAUCUAGUUCGAUUUUGUUACCCACCUAAAAUGGAAGCUUGCCAAGCUAUAAACAUGCGCAUUCCCUUUUUUUUUUUCUGGGUCUGACAAACAUGAAAUUUCAAUCUGAAUGUUAGUAAUGCAUGCUUAUAUUAUUGGGUAAUGCCCGUUGAAGCAACCUGGCUUGGACGGAAUUCUUUCUCCGGCAAUAGGAGGAAAAGUUUUCUGCAAUUAAUUAUUCUGUACAUUCAUGGAAACCAAGUUUCAGUUGUUUUCUGUAUGAAAGAAGGGGGAUGCAAACUUCUUUAUAAA